UUUCUAGUGUUGGAUGCAAGUGCCAAAAUUCCUUCUGGUAUACUAGAUGGUACAUUAAGUGACUUCGGAGAUUAUGACCAAUGUUUGGACAUAACUAAACUGGACAAUAAGAACCGGACUCAAUUCAGCGGUCAAUAUUGUGUUUUAGAAGCAUCUCCUCUUUUGCCACCUAUGCCUCAUCGAGUACAAUUCCAAACUGUUGUUUUAAACUUCUCGCACUUCAGUCAACGAGAUUCUGUGCUUACUGACUUUUCUUCAAACGCUAACAUGUUUUUCUUGAUGAAACUUCGUCUUGGUUUAUGCUUGCCAUCCAGUUGUUCCGUCAACGAUAUUCAAGAAAUAGUCAACCUAAGUCUUAAAGACAUGCCAUUGGCCGCAAAUGUUUUACGCUGUGAAGUGAAGAAACCAUAUGAAGUCACUAACACGCAAGUCGCAAUUAUCUGCAUUAUCUCGCUACUUGUAAUUCUGGUAAUAAUUGGUACGUAUUUGGAUACAAGAAAAGUGCAUGAAUGCAAAAUACUGGAAGAUUUAUCUUCAAGCAAGAUUGGUGAUAGUUUAAAAAGCUUUUCUGCCAACAAAAAUUUGGAGAAAUUGUUCAAAAUUAGCCACUCAAAAGAAAAUUUUGGAGUUUUGAAUGGAAUGAGAGUUUUAUCGAUGGUAUGGGUGGUAUUGGUACAUACCUAUGGAUUCAGCCACAAGCAAGCUUUUUCCCGUAUGAAAAAUGCACAGGAUGCUCUGAAUGAAGUAACUUUUGGUACAAUAAUCAAUGCAUGGGUUAUUGUGGAUACAUUUUUUGUCCUUGGAGCAUUUUUGGUGUCCCAUUCAAAUCUAAAGACAUUGGAGAGUAAAAAUGGUCGGUUAAAUUUUAUGAGGUAUUAUCUUCAUAGAAUUUGGAGAUUAACUCCACCAGUAGCUGGAGCUUUACUAGUCAUGUUUCUAUUGCCACUGUUAGGCUCGGGACCACUUUGGGAAGAUGUUAUUGGAAAGCAAGUUGGGAAUUGUGAAAAAUAUUGGUGGCAAGCUCUUAUUAUACCAAUAAAUACUUGGACGCAUUUUGAGGAUAUGUGCCUUUUACACACUUGGUACAUUGCCGCUGAUUUACAUUUGUAUUUUAUUGCUCCGCUUAUUCUGAUUCCUUUAUUUAGAUGGCCAAUGAUUGGAUUUUUAGUCAUGAUUUUCCUUACUGUCACAUGUAUGGGUGUCAUGGCGGCUUUGACUAUCAUCAAUGACUUUUACCCGACAUUGCUGUAUUUCACUCCAGAUGAAAAAUUUACGCAUUUUAUAUGUGAUUUGAUGUACUUUAAACCAUAUCCUCACAUGGGUGCUUACUGUAUUGGUCUCGCUUUAGGAUAUUUUGUUUUGAACUAUAGAAAAAAAGAAAUGAAAAUGGUCUAUCAAGUAAUUGGAUGGUGUGCUGCAAUUUCUUGCAACUUGGCUGUGCUAUAUGGCGCAUUUGAAUGGAAUCGAGGCAAUGUUCCAAGCAAAACUGUAGACGUCGCUUACGCUAUGCUACACAGAACAGGUUGGGCAUUUGGCAUCGCUUGGUUGGUUUACAUCUGCAUCACAGGUAGAGGAGGUCUCGUCAACCGUUUCUUAUCAUGGGACUUAUUUAUCCCUCUGAGUAGAUUGUCCUAUUCUUCAUAUAUUCUACAUUUUCCCGUUCUUUGGGUUAGGAAUGGAUUUAGACGAGAAUCGCUACGUUUCCACCACUACGAAAUUUUCUAUGAGUUCCUGGCCACACUAGCAUUAACCCUUUGUCUUUCAAUAACUUUCCAUAUUUUGUUCGAAGCUCCAUUCCUCAACUUAGAAGAAGUCUGGUUCCCCAGACAUAGCAAGAAAAAGGAAGAAAAGAAGAAACCAACUGAGAAUGGAACAACAAUUAUACCUGUGGCGAAAAUGGAGAACGUUCUCACUAACGGUCACGCGACAGAUGUCUUUUCUGUACGACUUUGAUUACCUUUGAUAAAGUAUCUUUAUCCUGUAAAUAAAUAAUAAUGGUAUUGUCUUAUAAAGACUAUCUGUUAUGUUACGCAUGUAGUAUUUGACAGUUAUUUAAGGAUGGAUCAUUGUGCUGUAAAUAAAAUAUCAUGUUUUUCUU